AUGGGUGGUUGUACGAACAAGGAGUUGCUUUCUCAAAUAUUUUCGGUUCCUUUCCCAUUCUUUGUGAUAACUGGUGUAUCACUGCCACUUUUUGGGUUAAUUAUAUGCUUCGUAAUUUCAGUGUAUAUGAAUUUUGGUGAGGUUACAGAAUCCGUUUGUGGGGUAUCCAAUUUUGUUCCAUCUAUCAGUGCGGUCACUGGGAUUACACCUCAGAUAUAUUUCUGGCGGUACAUGAUUGGACUGCACAGUGCGCCGCGCUUACUACUUGCGUUGAUUUACCUUCGGUACCAUAUGGCUUUUCAUAAAUUGUUCAACUUACCGUUGCGUUUUAAAAUAUUAGUACAAACGGCUUUCUUCGUGAACUUGAUGGAUGUGAUAGCAUUCGUGGGAGUUGCUUUCAUAUCAAACCGGGAGAACUAUCCUGUCCAUGAAAGAUUGUUCAUUGUUUUCUUGUUCGCAUCAACUGCGUAUAUGAUAGUAACAUUAGUACUUCAUUGGAUAAUAGGAAUGACGACGUAUGAUCCAAGGUUCAAACAUUCUUUCAACAUAAAGUCCUUGUUUUUUGGACUUAAUGUUUCGUUGAUUUUGUUGCUACUCCGGCAGUUUUACAAUCAUCGAUUCAAUUGUAAAGCAAAUGCAUUUAGUUGGUUCUCUGCCAGUGAAUAUGGUAUUGCAAUCGCCAAUAUGGGGUUUCAUCUCACUGCUGCGUACGACUUCCAGGACUUGAUUUUAACUACUGAUACUAGCGGACCCUGUAGUGAAUAA